AACCAAUAAGUGUGCUAGAAAAUUGUUGGCAAGACUUUGAGCACUUUAAAUUUUGUUUUGUUGUAACAGACAAUGCAGAUCUUCGUGAAGACCCUGACUGGCAAGACCAUCACCCUGGAGGUGGAGCCCAGCGACACCAUCGAGAAUGUCAAGGCCAAGAUCCAGGAUAAGGAAGGCAUCCCUCCCGACCAGCAGAGGCUGAUCUUUGCAGGCAAACAGCUGGAAGACGGCCGCACCCUGUCUGACUACAACAUCCAGAAGGAGUCCACCCUGCACCUGGUCCUGCGUCUCCGAGGUGGCAUGCAGAUCUUCGUGAAGACCCUGACUGGCAAGACCAUCACCCUGGAGGUGGAGCCCAGCGACACCAUCGAGAAUGUCAAGGCCAAGAUCCAGGAUAAGGAAGGCAUCCCUCCCGACCAGCAGAGGCUGAUCUUUGCAGGCAAACAGCUGGAAGACGGCCGCACCCUGUCUGACUACAACAUCCAGAAGGAGUCCACCUUGCACCUGGUCCUGCGUCUCCGAGGUGGCAUGCAGAUCUUCGUGAAGACCCUGACUGGCAAGACCAUCACCCUGGAGGUGGAGCCCAGCGACACCAUCGAGAAUGUCAAGGCCAAGAUCCAGGAUAAGGAAGGCAUCCCUCCCGACCAGCAGAGGCUGAUCUUUGCAGGCAAGCAGCUGGAAGACGGCCGCACCCUGUCUGACUACAACAUCCAGAAGGAGUCCACCCUGCACCUGGUCCUGCGUCUCCGAGGUGGCAUGCAGAUCUUCGUGAAGACCCUGACUGGCAAGACCAUCACCCUGGAGGUGGAGCCCAGCGACACCAUCGAGAAUGUCAAGGCCAAGAUCCAGGAUAAGGAAGGCAUCCCUCCCGACCAGCAGAGGCUGAUCUUUGCAGGCAAACAGCUGGAAGACGGCCGCACCCUGUCUGACUACAACAUCCAGAAGGAGUCCACCCUGCACCUGGUCCUGCGCCUGAGGGGUGGUGUCUAAGUUCUCCCCCUCAAGCUUUCAGCACGUUUCAGCACACUUUUCUUUCAAUAAAGUUCUUGCAUUCCCAAA